UGUCAGUAGUGCGUCUAGCAGGUAGUGCCGUGCGUUCGCGCCUCUUUUCUUAUUGUGUAUAACCUCUUCUCCCAUAUUUUGGAUUACAUUUAGUCGCAUCCUUAAUUUUUGAUUCGAUUGUGCCAUGAGACCCAUCUCAAUUUUCUAAUGAACUGAUGGAGAAGACGUUCCUCUGAGCCGGAUAAAAAUGGGCGAGAUGGUGCGAGCGUCUCUGUGGUUGCUGUGUUCCUUAUGUCUUGUCGCCCAAGCCUUCGCCAAAGCUGGACUUUGCGAAGUGGAGGGUGGCCACUCAAAUAUCAUCCUGGACAUCGAAGAGAGCAGAGGAACACAGAUCAGCCAAGAGACGAUGCCCCGGGACCUCCCUGUGGUAGGAGACCCCUUCUCUGACAUCGCCCUGGACCUGGUGUUCCCCAAGGGGAAGGCUGUGUUCAUCCUGAAUGGCAAGAAGCUCCAACUGCUCAUGCCUCUAGACAGGGACAGGGAUAAUCUCUCACACAUUGUAUUUCAGCUGACCUGCACUGUCAAGUCGUCCAACAAGAAGAGGACCAUCCCCGUCAUCGUGAGAGUGUCCGAUGUCAACGACAAUCCUCCUAUGUUCCUGCACGAACCGUACGAGACCACCGUCUCAGAGCUUACACCAGUAGGCACCACAGUCUACCAAGGUCUUAGAGCCAAUGACUUGGAUGCUGGAGUGAAUGGCCUGGUGGAGUACUCCAUCAUCCCCGGUGACGGGCGAGGAGUUGGGACAGACCAGGGGGUGGGCAGGAGCAGAGUCACUGUGGCUGACGGGUACGGCUACUUCGCCAUCAACCUUCCUCAUCAGGGACAAGUCACUGUCAACAGGAGUCUGGACUAUGAGAAGACCCAGAGAUACCUCCUCACCGUGGUGGCUACUGACCGUGCCAGGAAUCAGUCAGAGAGAUUCUCCGCCACAACCACCCUCACUAUCAAUGUCAGAGAUGACGAUGAUCAAGAUCCUUCAUUCAUCUAUCAAGGCUGCAUGCUACUGGACGGAUCCUGCAUCAAUCCGGAGUACUACGCCACUGUAUCCAGUGGCGUGCUGGCUGGUAUCCUAGGCAUCUCUCCUGAGAAGAUCCAAGCAGUGGACAUGGACUCCAUCAACUCCCCGAUCUCCUACAGCUUCCUCUCUGGAGUUCCUAGCUCUUACCGGGAGUUCUUCGAGAUUAACCCUUCUACUGGAGCUGUGAGGCAGAUAAAACCUGUUGACACUACUGUAGCCAAAAAGUUUGAGAUUAUUGUUAAGGCUGAAGAGAUGUCGGAGAGUCGAAGGUUCACCACAGCCAAGUUGUUCAUCACAGUGAAGCCAGUGGACAGCAGCCCUCCCAGGAUAUCUGCUUCCGCUGUGGAGGGGUUUGUGGAUGAGAACACAGCAGUCGGGACCAAAGUGUUGGAUGUGGAUGGCAACCCUAUAGUACUCACUGUCACUGACACAGACUUGGGACCUGAAGAUCCAAAACCCUUGUAUUCAUUUGAGCUUACAACGACUUUCUUCCAAAUUGACGAAGAGGGAACUUUGACUGUUGCAGAAGAAAAUUUGGACAGGGACCCACCGAGUCCUGGAAAAUUUCGUUUUCAGGUGGUAGCACGAGAGAAGAUGGGCAAUGCAGCCAGUGCUCCAAUGACCAUCACAGUGGCUCUGAAUGACGUUAACGAUAACGCCCCGAGAUUACCAAUGAUUCCCCCAAUCACAGUGCAGGCUGGCGAGGGGAGAAGAGAGAUCGUAAAGGUGGUAGCAACUGAUAAUGACCUAGGAGAGAACGCAGAGAUAACCUACAGCAUCUAUCAUGUGUCCAACAACGGCAGAAAUAGGUUCAAGAUUGACCCUCAGACCGGUGCUAUUGAGGCAAUCGGGAAACUCAAUGCUGCAGAGCAAUACAGCAUCACUGUACAGGCCACUGACCAUGGAGGCAAGUACAGUCAGACCAUUGUAGAGGUGACUGUAGUCCCAGGACCCAACACUCGCAGUCCUGUGUUCCAGCAGUCAGUCUAUCAAGUGACAGUCAGUGAGGGAGCGCCCAUCAACUCUACAGUGGCUACAAUAGUUGCAACCGACCCAGAAAAUGACCCUGUCUCAUACUCUAUCAUCUCUGGAAACGAUCUGAGACAGUUUGGGAUUGAUGACAAAACGGGAGUUCUGAGUGUGAUCCGUAGACUCGACAGAGAAGACUUGACGAGAUAUGAACUGCUGAUCAAAGCCGAGGAUGAAGGAGGUCUGUCGAGCACAGCGACGGUCAACAUUGUUGUCAGUGACAUCAAUGACAAGAACCCAGAGUUUGUCGGGUUGCCAUACGAGUUUACAGUACAGGAGGGCAUAGCAGGGGCGGCCGUAGGGCAAGUCAAGGCUACCGAUUCAGACGAGGGCAUCAACGCACAAGUAUCGUACUCUCUACCUCACGACGUUCCUUUCCUUAUAGAUGAAACAACCGGGGAGAUAAAAACAAGAGCUGCUCUGGACUAUGAGACAACUAGGGAAUACAGGUUUGUGGUGACUGCCAAAGAUGGAGCCUCAGAACCUAGGAUAGCCACUGCAACCGUGGUCGUCUUUGUUACUGAUAUUGAAGAUGAGGCUCCGAUAUUCCACCUCACCUCCUACGAGGCUUCUGUUCCUGAAAAUGUACCAAAUUUUAUGGUCACCCAUGUUGUGGCUGCAGACCCAGAUACAAAGAAGCAGAUAACCUAUGUGAUCCGCCAAGGCCCCACCGAUCUGUUCACCAUUGAUCCUCAGCUAGGAGUAAUCCGCACACUGCAGGGGCUGGACUAUGAGAGGGAGAGCCAACACACCCUGGUGGUCGGGACCAAGGAGAACAUGGGCAACAAGCCUGGGGCCACCACCAAAGUGACCAUCUACGUGCAGGACCGCAAUGACAUUCCGCCAGUGUUUCUCACGCUACCACGUCCCAUCACCUUGGACGACGAGGUCGCCAUCAGCACUCACGUCACCACUGUCACUGCUACAGACUCUGAUGGCACAGCCCCUGGCAACAAGGUUCGUUAUGAGAUUGUUGGUCGAGGCAAGGCUCCAAGAUAUUUCCAGAUUGAUUCUGACUCUGGCGAUAUCCAUGUGAGAGAUGAUUUGAGAAAGGAAACUGACAACGAAUAUCAGGUGGACGUAAGAGCCUACGACCUUGGGGAUCCUCAACUCUCUUCUAUCAUCUCGGUGCCGGUGUUCAUCCGUCACGUUGCCACAGUUCCUCCUGACAUUGGACUCGGGUUCUCUGACGACCUCUACACCCUGGAGGUUCCGGAAGACACUCCCUCAGGAGCCUUGGUCAAGGUGUUCAACGUGAUCCACGGCAGAGUACAGUCUCACACAGUGCCCUUCCGGUGCUCCAUCACCAGUGGUAAUGAAGUCGGCAUGUUUAAAAUUGACAUAACAGAGGACCGAAACUGUGAACUGAGACUGGCUGGCAAGGUGGACCAUGAGAAGCAGCCAGAAUAUGUAUUGAAAUUGCAGCUGGAUACUUUGGCAGGACUGAGUAACCCUUCACGCACUGCUACCACGGUUAAGAUUCAUGUUCAAGAUCUAAACGACAAUCCUCCUCAGUUCAUCUAUCCAGAAACAAGCAAACGGUUCAAGAAAAAGAAAUAUUACGGAGCAGUUGCAAAAGAUCGAAAAGAAAUUGGUGGAUCAGUAUUGCAAGUAAAGGCACAAGACAAGGACAGUGGUGGUCUGGGCCAGGUGGAGUAUAAACUCGUCCCGGAUGAGUUGAACAUCGCAGAUUACUUCGCCAUAGACUCCAGCUCCGGACUCAUCCGGACCAAGAGAGUCCUGGACUUCCCUGAAGAAAAGCUCCCUCUGAGAUUGACUGUGGAGGCAAGGGAUAACCCUGCUGACCCUCAGGACUCCAAUGCCGUCCAGACGGAAGUUGUUAUCAACCUAAUAGAAGAGGGUAGUCGCAUGGUGAUGGUGAUAGAAGGCAAGGGAGCAGGCGAGGUGCAGGGGUGGGGGGAGAGACUGGUGGGUCUGUUGGAGGGAGUGGGGGGAGUGAUGGUGGGAGUUGAGCGUGUUGCCGCACGUCAGUGGAGUAAAGACAACAUCACAUUGGAGACUGACCAGGCAUCCACUGACUUGUGGUUCUACACUGUGGACCCAUCCACAGAGAAGAUACUGGCCAGGAACAGCACUCUGGUGAAGAGGUCACUUCUGAGCCCGGAAGCGCUCACCAACAUCACCGAGGAGGUGUCUAUGGUGCUGCAGGUGCCAGUCACCACCAUACAAGCGCCUGUCACCGUGACACCUGUGCGUACUGCUGUAGUGGCUGUACAAUGGGAGGUGUUCCCUUACGCUCUCAUCAUCAUUGCUGCACUCAUCCUUAUAUUGGGCACUACUGGCAUCAUCUACAUCUGUAUAUCCUGGUCUAGAUACAAAGCUUACAAAGACAGGAUGAACAGGGUGUAUGUUGUUCCUAGAUAUGAUCCAGUGUAUGUAGAGCCGAACCUCAAGGAGUAUGAGACUCAGGUGUUGCAAAUGAGUGUGCCAGUGGACGACAACGAGAGUUACAAUGAUCUCCAGCUAGACUUUAGCCGGAAAAACCACGCUUUUACCUUAGACAAUGUGAGCUACAUAACCAAAGAUAAUGGUGACAGCAUAGGCCAGCAGAGCCCAGUCAGUUCUGACGCUGCCACCACCACCAGAGCGUCCAGUCUGAUAGGGCGACACGACAACGUCAACAACAACAACAUACACAACCCGGGCAUCAUCAACCCCGUGUAUGACAAGUCGGAUGACGAGAGGGGGCUGAAUAGCUCAACCAACGAGAACGUUACCUUCCGAGAAAAGAAAGAUUACUCCCACCUGGGCUUCAACUAUCUCAUCGACAGAUCACCCAUCGAGACCACCACCGAGUUAUAGUGUUCAACAGAUACACUAAGUGACAGUGACUCUGUUAGACAUAAGUGAACCUAAGUCUUAGAUUACUUACACGAUCGAAUAUGCUCAAAGACAGUUAAAUAAUGACUCACACAUGCCAUAACACUUUAAGGUUGUACUUGUCAUAGUGUGAAUAUUGCGAACGAAUGAUUGACUAUUUAAAUGUGAAAAAUGUGAUUGUAUAUAUGUGCCAGAGAUGCUUAAAUAAUGUGAAUGAUUAAGGUCCAUAAAAUAUAAUAUACCGUCCGAUAUUGUCUAUACUAUGUUCAUGAAUAUAAUUAGGUCACCCUGCAUUUUCGUUGACGUCCAUUUGUAGAAAAUUUGCAUUUUAUAUUUUAGAACCCUAAGCCAAUGUAUGAAAAAUACCCAUUUUAACAAAUUUGCAAGUGAUUUCCCAAAAGUUGAUUGGUAAAAAUAUUUUUUUCUAAAAAAAAAAAUACAAUGAAGUCCCCACUACAUAUUUUUUUACAUUUAGAUCAUAAUUUCAUUUCUAUUUAUUUAAGAAUUUAUUUUAAAAUCGGUUCAUUGAAUUAUAAUGAGGAUUAAAUUUCCUUGCUACCUUAAGCUAGACAUCAUAACUAAUGGAGGCGUUUCAACGGUUUGCGAAACGGGUUGCGUUCAGAAACAAGCUCGCCCCAAUUAAAAUAAAAAUUUAACGAAUUGUGUGCAAGAUGUAUUGUUGUAAAUAUAUUGUUUAUCUUUAUUUCUUAGGAGAGCAGUUUGUUUUAUAAAUAGCUCAAUGCAAGUUUGUAACUGUUUGCUCAAUAUUUUCCGUCCAUAAUUGUAAGAACACUUUGUAACAAACCCUUGUAUCAAAUUUUUGUAUACAAAAUUACUAGUAAUCGUUUAUAUUUUUAAUGCAAAAUAGUGUAGUUUUACAUGCAAUUACCAACUAAGAAUUUACACUAUAUAUUUUCCUGAGCGAACCACUGACGUAAUUUAAUUAAUUUUUUUCUCUUUUUAGUUUUAAUUUUUUACCGUGCGGCCAUAAUGUACUUAAAAACUGUAGUUAUGAAAAAUUAAGCAUAACAAACAGUUGAGGGUUAUAUAUUUUAAUCAGUUUGGGCUAUUAAAGGUGCCAAAUGAUAAAGAUUAUUUAGUGUAACGAGACUGACUUAACGCAUUUACAAACCUGUUCACAAUGAUUGUAUUGUUAUACAAUUAUCGACACUAAUCAUACAAUAAUAAUUGCUGAUUCUAUCAGCUGACUUUGAUAUCCUAGUCAUAUUGACUUUUAUAGUUUUAAUAGAAUAUGUAAUUGAUUCAAUGUUGUUUUAUAUUGUAUAGAUUUAUUACUUAGAGCUAUUUAAAAUGUUUAUAUUUUGUUAAUUUGUAAAUAGAGAAUAAAUUUAGUUUAUAACUAAGAUGAUUUACACAUGUUUAUUGUGCACUGUAAACUGGGCAUU